GCACAGUAGGUGGCGAUCGCCUUACAGAAGAAGAAGAACAUGGACGGUCCGCAGCGAGCAGAGCAGGAAGAUAAAUUCACACAUGCAUUGUUUAUUUUAGAUACAAUGGAAGUAAAAGAGGAACCCCAGGAACUGAUUGAAGUGGAUGAGAGACAACAGGAACCUCAUGAUGUCAUCACUGAAGAAAAGUAUUCUGAUUGUUUACAAGCAUCAACUAAGAAAAGAGGAACCAAAAAUUCAAUUUCCCAUCCAGGUGAUAAAAAAGGACGUCAUAAUGAUGACACGAGCGUUAAAAAUAAAGAGAAGUUUCAUACGUGCCAGCAGUGUGGAAAAGAUUUUAGACAUUCAAGUAACCUUUAUGUACAUUUGAAAAUUCACACUGGAGAGAAGAUUUAUCAUUGUCAUCUGUGUGAAAGGACUUUUACACGUAAAGAAACCCUUGAGUCUCACGUAAGAACUCACACUGGAGAGAAACCUUACACCUGUCCUCAAUGUGAUAAGAGUUUUAGAGAAAAAAGACAGCUUAAGAAUCACAUAAGACAUCACACUGGAGAGAAACCUUACAUUUGCCCUCAGUGUGAAAAGGGGUUUUCACGAAAAGCAUCACUGGAAGAUCACUUGAGACUUCAUUUAGGAGAGAAACCUUUCAAGUGUCUUCAGUGUGGAAAGAGUUACACAAAAGCAUCAAACCUCAAAGUUCACCAACAAUAUCACACUAAAGAAAGAUUAUUCAACUGUGAUGAGUGUGGGAAAAAAUUUGUUUCGCAAUUUUUCUUGAAAAAACACCAGAAACUUCAUGCCAGUGAAAGAACUUACUUGUGUUCAGUUUGUGGAAAGAGUUUUCCACUGAUUGAAUAUUUGAAAAAGCACCAAAGGAUCCAUACCGGAGAAAAACCAUACGAAUGUUUACAAUGUGGAAAGAGAUUCAACCGUUCGUAUAACUGGAAGAAUCAUCAGAGAGUUCAUACUGGAGAAAAACCAUACAUGUGUUCACAUUGUGGAAUGAAGUUCACUCAUUUACAUAACUGGAAAAGACAUGAGCAAAAUCAUACUGGAAAGAAAAAAUGUCAUUGCCCUCAAUGUGGAAAAAGUUUCACCUUUUUAAGUGCUCUAACAAGACAUACAGAUUCAUGUGAGAGAAAACAGUCACAAACCACAUCCUCAGAUUCAUAACUUUGUUCUGUGGCAGCGACCGUAGCUUCUUCUUGAGAUGUAGAAUUGAGGUUUGCUGCAAUUCACAACCUCACAAUAGAUAACGCUGAAACACAUUACAUAUUUAAGUGAACAGCAGACUGCAUUCUGCAACUGUUUAAUUUAAUCAUGCAAUCACAGAUGUAGUUGACUUCCUUUCUUCAGAUGAACACAAACUAAUUUAGUGGCAAUAUUCCAUCCUUUUGGAUGUUAAAACUUCAUUUUAAAAGCAAAUAAAACCUCUCUAGUGGAUUAAUAAAGUUAAAGCUAUGGUCUACGAUUUCAAAGAUUGUUCAUUAUUAAUAACCUUGUUUAGAUGCUGGUUAUGGUUCUACAGUAAAAUCCUAACAAUAUGAAGAGAAAAAAGAAUGAAAAAAAUCCAUUCACUCUAUUCGGCCGGACAGCUUACAUUGGUCGACUGCUCUCAUCCAAUCCCCGCUCCACUUGAAACUCCACCUUGCGCUCGCAUCUCCACCCCACCCCGCCUGCGACAUGAAAUUUCUGACAGUGUAUGGUAGCUAGCAAAGUAGCAACAGCUCACAAAUGGAGAAAAAACAAACCGACAGCAGCAAGUGGCCCCUGCUUGGAAGAAUGAGAAAGUCUGUAGAAGAAAGAGCAGAGAUAUAAACGGAGACUCAAAGGCCAGACUCAAAGUUGAAUUAAUAUAGGGUUCGCCAUUGACCGUUGGAGGAAGCUUCAGGGAGAUAUGGGACUGAAAACCGACGCUGACACGGCGGACUUUUUGUUGAGCAGAUGACAAUGGAAGUAAAAGAAGAACCUCAUGAUGUCAUCACUGGAGAAAAAUCUUCUGAUUGUUUACAAACAUCAACUAAUAAAAGAGAAAGCAAACAUUCAGUCGGUUCCCAUCAGAAUAAAAACAGUUCCACAGAUAUAGGACACUACAACAAAAACAAUAAAGAGAGACGUCACACGUGUCAGCAGUGUGGAAAGGGUUUUAUGCAUAAAGGUAAGCUUAAGAAACAUUUAAGAAUACACACCGGAGAGAGGCCGUACAAAUGCACUCAGUGUGAAAAGAGUUUUACGCAGAAAGGGAGCCUUGACUUUCAUUUAAGGAUUCACACUGGAGAGAGACCUUACACCUGUCCUCAAUGUGAAAAGAGUUCAUCUUAAGAGUCACAGAUCAAUUCACACCGGAGAAAAAACCUUUCGUUUGCCCUCAUUGUGGAAUGAGUUUUAGAGAGAAAAGACAGCUUAAGGGUCACUUAACAGUUCACACCGGUGAGAAACCUUUUAUUUGCUCACAUUGUGGAAAAGGUUAUUUACGAAAAACACUCCUGGAAGAACACUUAAGAAUUCAUUCAGUAGAGAAACCUUUUACGCGUCCUCACUGUGGAAAGCGUUUCACAACAGCAUCAAAUCUCAAAGUUCACCAGCGCACUCAUUCUGAAGAAAAAUCAUUCAGUGAUAAUAAGUGUGGAAAAGUAUUUGUUUCAGAAUUGCUUCUGAAAAGACCCCAGAGAAUCCAUCCCCUUUAUGUCGUGUUCACUAUGAGCCAAGUGGCUACGAUAAGAUUGACAUCAAAUACACUAUUUUCCAUCUGUGCUCGGGUUCUUCUUCUGAACUGUCCAAGUGAUCAUCCUCCGGUAUAUCAUCCAGGUAUUCCUGUCCUGCAUUAUUCCUAACAGCAAGUCACUUAGUUCCUCUGUUUUGUCUUUAUUUGGUGGUCUUGGUCCACCACCAGUAGUAAAUCGCUGUAUUCUGAUCUUUGUCUUUUUUACGUCAUCUUAAUGUUCUUUCACGUUGUAUACUCAGGGAAUUAUUAAUUAUUCAUGUUUUAUAUAACAUUAUAAAUGUUACAAAUAUAUGAUUGUGACCCUGCCUGUGAAAGCCAAGCUUGUCAAAAAUAGUUUUCCACAUAAAAUCAUCCUACAUAUUGUCAAGAACAUUGUGUGAAAAUCUAAUCUUUAUAUCUGUGAUAUUGACUGAGAAAGAUCAUGUGAAAGAUUGAAAUGAUAGUAAAUGGGUCAAAUCAAACUUUGAUGUUUGUUAUCACCGGAUGUCGUCGACAGUGGCACAUAUGGAAAUUAUGCAAUAAUAAAGACAUCUCACCUGGUUUUA